AACAGUAUAGCACAGCCUGCCAUAGGGCAUACUGCUCUGCAAAGAUGGGCGAAGAGUUUGUAUUCAAGCUCCACUCGUAUGCUACGCCCUCGGUGACUAUAGCACUUCCCACCCCAUACGCGUUCUUGGACCCAUCCGUGUACACAGGUUGGUAUGAGGGAUAUUCGUUAAGGAGGUUCUCGUAUGCCUGCAGGUACCUUCCACGGGACAGUGUCCAGCAUCAUUUCAUGGAGCGGCGCUGGAGGGACUAUUCGGCGUUGCUCGAGAUGUUCCUGGAAUCUGAUACAGGCAGGGCGGGUAAUGUGUCCAAGGGCGGUACUCCCGACUCACAAUAUAAGCUGUUCGUCGGACUGGUUGCAAGUGUCGAUUUACGCGCGGACGAAUACACUAUGCAGCCGUAG